UUUCACUCUGACAUUCUGUGCAUGAUAUUAAGAGAAUGUGGACAAGUGAGUGACUCUUACUCGAGCUGUGCAUCAGAAAGAUGUGUAUAACUUCUGGACUGUGUGUGUUUUUCAUUUUAUUUUUGGGGAGGACAACAGGUGCAAAAGUUGAACAGAGCUCUACUGUUUUUGCCAACAAAACAGACAAUGUAACAAUUCAAUGCAGCCAUGAUGAUGACAGCCUAACAUAUAUGUAUUGGUAUCAGCAAAAGAGUGACAGUACAGCUAUGGCACUGAUCGGCUACGCUGUUGGCAUGAGAACUUCAAACUGCAUAAUAGUUCAACAGAUCUCAUCACUCCUCGCCAAUGAAACAAAGAGCAUAACGAUCACAUGCAGCCAUGAUGACAGUAGCAAAACUGUUAUGUUAUGGUAUCAGCAAAAGACUGACACUACAGCUAUGGCUCUGAUCGGCUACACCGCUACACGCAUGAGUGAUCCGGUCUAUGAAGAUGGAUUUACUAAAGAGCGAAUUAAAUUAAACAGACAAGGAGACACAGAAGGAGAUCUGACCAUCUCUAGACUCCUCCAGUCUGAUUCUGCUGUUUAUUACUGUGCUGCUAAAGAGCACAGUGCUGCAUGUUCAUACGACUACUGUACUAAAACCCCAAACACCAAACACACAGGAAACAGUACAAACUGUUGCUUUAUGCUGAAUUUCUGGUUUGUUAUCUGACAAUAAAGACCUUUCUAUUCAUUUAUGAGUUCAAUUAUAAAACAGGCUGCAGUGCAGUGCAGAAUAUCU